CUUAACGUAAAAUUGCGUGGAGAAACUGAUCUAUUAUUCAUCAACAACCUUGUGGAUAGAGAAGAUCAGAAAAUGGAUUGGAACCGUUACCACAAAUACGAGGAUAUCAUUGCUUUCCUUAAUUAUUUGAGUAUAUCAUAUCCAAAUAUAACAGAAGUUAAAGUUCUUGGAAAGUCUCAUGAAGAACGUGAAAUAAGGUUAUUUCGUUUAUCUAAUGGAAAUUCUUCUAACAAAGCAGUCUUUAUAGAAAGUGGAAUACAUGCCCGAGAAUGGAUAAGUGUAGCUACAGUAACUUAUAUAAUUAAUGAAUUGACAACUCAUUUUGACGAUGAAUCUGAUGAUAUUAGGAACAUUGAUUGGUAUUUCGUUCCAAUAAUAAAUCCAGAUGGUUAUUAUCACACUCAUAAGUCUACAGGUGGUGAUCGCCUUUGGAGGAAAAAUAGGAGGCACACUACAGGAAGUUGCUUUGGUGUAGACCUUAAUAGAAAUUUUGGUUAUGGAUGGAUUACAAAGAAAAAUCACGGAAUUGACAAUUGCAAAGAAGAUUAUGCAGGACCUCAUGCUUUUUCAGAAGCUGAAACUAUAGCUAUACAUGAUUUUAUAUUGAAUUCAGCCAUAAAUUUUACGGCAUACCUCUCAUACCAUAGCUACGGGCAAUUUAUUUUAUACCCUUACGGAUAUAAUCAAACUAAUAUCGAUAAUUAUAAGGAAUUGCAUGACAUUGCUGAGGGAAUGGCUAAGGCAGUAGGGUAUCGAUAUCAUGUAGGAAAUUCAGCAAAAAUGUUGUACCCUGCAUCUGGACUCUCAAACGAUUGGGCCGCAAGCAUCGAAUAA